GGUUACUGGAAGGCAGGGAGUAGUGGAACCGACGAAACACUCCACAGCAACCGUCGCUCUCGAUAGUGUCGCUGGUCUCGGGGGUCGGGAAGCUGCGAACGUUAGACGUGGCCUCUAGAAACUGUCUCACGACACGCGAAAAUUAGUUAUCAACACAGACAUCCAUCAUGUCUUCGGUCGAAAUAGCGACUGAGGCAGCACAGCAGCCGAAUGUUGCGGAAGAGGUUUCACAGGAAUCUUCACUGAAGAUGUCUGUUGUCGCUCCGACUUCGUGGGCCGAUUCGGUGGACAAGCCUACGGUCCCAGAGCCGAAAGCCGCCACGGCCGAGGAACUGUCUCCAGCGGCUGAAAGUGAUACAAAUGGGCUGGCGGAAGCAGCAGUAUCCACACGGAAAUCGGAAAAUACUCCCAAAGCCGAAGAGCCAAAGGAGGAGAAGAAGAUAAUCCCAGCUCCUGCACCAUCAGUAAACAUCUGGAAGGUGCGGUUAGAGGAGCAACAGAAGCACGCACAAACGCAUCCCCGCCAGACAUCAACACUCACAUCGAGCGUGGCCAACACCGCUGCGCCAUCAUCCAAAGCAUCGGAUGAGCCCCGCCAGCCUCGCGUGAGGCAGCCGUCCGCAAAGGAAAAGGCGCGGAGGGAACAGGAGGAGCGGGAUGCUGCUGAGGGUUUCGUGAAGGUUCAGUCGAAAAAGACACAAGCUAAGAAGGAGCAAGGCGGUAAGAAGGAUCGAGCGCGCCCAACGGGUGGCAAGGCAUCAUCAGGCUCGCCAGCUCCCGGUGCAUCGGCGAAACUUGAGAAUGGAAAGGUUGCAGAGGGGCAAGUGAAGGCUGCCAAGAAGACGACGAAAGAGGAAUCACCUGUGAAGACUGAAACAUCUACUGCUGAAGCGUCUGCUGUCAAGGAAAACAGCGAGGAGAAGGCCGCUCCGGUGCAAAAGCCAAAGGAGCCCGUUGCUGCCAAGCUUGUGCAGACAGCCGUGCGUAGCGAGAACCUGCUCGCCAAGGAGUCCAGCACAUCGAGCAAGAAGUCAGGUGCCUCUGCCACGCCUUUGAAAGCUGAGCUUUGGCCGACUCUCGGCAGUGCUGCUAUCAGCCCACCGAGUUCCGCAUCGCGCACCGCUUCAGCUGCCAGCGUAAGCCCCGUCCCUGCUCCCGCCGGACACAGCGGAACCAAGAAGGCCGGCUGGGCCAAGCUGGACGUGCCAAUCCACUACCCACCACCUACCUCCGCAGCCCGCUCUAUUCGUCCUCCCAGCAGCAAAGCUGCUGGCGGGAAAAAGUCCGAUGACCACGCUCCCCGUGCCAAGCAGCUCGCGUCUGCGCCCGCUGCUGCUAAAGCGGAUGCCGUCAAGGAAGAACAGCCAGCACCCGCAAGCACAUCCGCAGACGCCGUUGUCGCUCCUUCCACAGCCGAAACCCUCCCUUCUCGCGCCGAGGCGAGCAGCUCCCGACCCCGCAGCGGCCGCGGAGGCUCCGCCGCUCGCUCCACCCAUGCCACCACUUCAUGGACCGGCCCCUCGCAACAUCAGCAGCAGCAGCACCGCCAAGGUCCCCGUCGCGGCUCCAACGCCUCCGCCAUCUCCACCACGUCCACGCACAGCAUGUCUAGGCACGGAGAGGACGCCAGCCAGUACGCCCAGCCAUCUCAACAGCAGCGCGUGUCCCGCCGUGGCGGACGCGGCGGACGUGGGCAUUCGAAUGUAUCGCGCGGUCCUCGUCCAUUCUAUGGCCAGUAUGGAAACGGGUACCAGGGUCAGCAGGGCCCUAUUCAGACCAUGCCUUCCGUGACUGGGGCGGGACCGGUCAACGGCUUGGUCAACCCUUAUUAUGGAUAUGCCGAGGUGGAUGGCACCGAUGUGGAGACUUACAAGUGGUGGAUUCGUGCUCAAAUUGAGUAUUACUUCUCUGUCGAAAACCUCUGCCGCGACAUCUACUUCCGUCGCCAGAUGGACUCGAACAACGGCGGCGUGCCACUCCUCCUCAUCGGCGGUUUCAACCGCGUCCGAUCCCUCAUCAACGGCGCCAAGGUCAAGACCCAGUACAACAUUGCGGCCGAGAACCCCGAAGCCGUCGAGGCGAUCGCCGCGGUCGACUCGCAUACCUGGGUCGAGGAGUUUUUGAAGAGCGCUUGUGUUGACAGCGAGGUUGUUGAGGUUAUCGUUGAGGGGCCCGGCGAGGCGCUCGUCAGGCGCAAGGAUGGGUGGGAGUUUUGGCUCUUGCCGAAGGACAAUGCGACGCCAUCUACGUCCUCGCAACACAACGGCGAUACCGCUCACAACAACGUCGCCACCGAGGCAGCCCGCGAGGCCACCGCAGCGACUCUGCUGACCCCGCCGCAAUCCCCGGGCGACGUAUCGACCGUCUCCGUGAACCCGGCCGAGAGCAUCUCGGAAAGCAUCACGACUACAACCACCAUCGAACAACCAGGCCACCCAAACGGGGGUAGCCCAGCCGCGCGAGCUGGGCGAUUCUCAAGGAGCGAGGCGGGUGACGAGGGUGCGGAUGGGAAGGUGGAUGAGGAUGGGUGGGAGCAGGCCACGACCCGUCGGCGCACGUCACGGGUCCGUGGCGGGGCGGGGAGCGGUGCGAACACGCCUGUGCUGACACCGGUUGUCUCGCGCAACGGCAGCAGCAGCGGGUUCUUUGCCAAGGUGGAGGAGGAGACGGGGAACAGCGAUGGGGAUGAGUGGAGCGGCGUAACCAUGGGCGGUCGCGUGCGGCGGUUCAGCAACGCCGGGUUUGAACAGCAGCCCGCAGUGUCGACGAGUGAGGAGAGCGAGAGCGAGGAUAGCGUGGACAGCGAUGACGAGGAUCCGGACAUUGUCGUUGUUGCGCGCCACAUCCCCGCCGGGAACAUGGCUCCGAGCAGCGGCGCGACGUUUGCGAUCGAGGGGGCUUCGUUCGAGGACGAGGAGUGGGCAGAUCUUGACGACGAGGACGUUGACGGGUUGUUGAUUGUCACGCAGCGCAAGUCGCCCGUGCCUGGUCAGGGCCCCGACGCGGAGGACGAGUACGAAGCCGUGCUCUUCACCCUGCCCAACGGGCCUACCACCUCCACCCAGGUCACGGGCAAAUCCACCCUCGCCUUACUUCAAUCAACGCAGCACCAGCCGCCUCAACAGCAAGCGCCCGCGGGGGCGCAAUACCACAACCUCCCCCCGCGCAAGCAUGCCACGGCCCCCUUCGACCGCAACCGCAACGACGAGGAGAUCAACGAGAUCAUCAACGAAGGGCUGUACUACUACGAGCACGACUACCUGACUCCCAAGAAGCCAAAGAAUAAGGUCAACAGCGUCGCUGGCGACGAGUUCAAGGCGAUGUUGAAUGGGAUGGUUAGCCCGGCGCCUCUCUACGAGCAUUCCAAUCAUCAUGGCAAUGGAAGGGUCGUUAACCCGUACUUUGCGCCCUCGACAAACACACGCGGCAAUUAUACUGCGGGUGCGAGUGCCGUGCAGGUGCCCAAGACCCCGAGACGGUACUGGGUCGGUGCAACAAGCGCUAGUCCCCCCGUCGGGUAUCUGAUGAACAGGAUGGACGCGGAAGCGGAUGAGGAUGAACAUGAUAACCCCUUGGGAUCGUCGCCGACGCCUGGACGGGGGGUGAGCGUUCCCGCUGCUAAGAAUGAGCCGGAGAAGAAGGAUGCGACGGGGAGUGUUGCGCAUAGUUUCAACGAGUUCCCGGUGUUUCAGCAUCCGUCUUAUGAGCUGUUGAGGGAGAAUGGGUUUAUUCAGCAUAAGUACUCUAAGUAUAGGGCUAAGGCUAUCAAAGAACGCAAGCGCCUCGGUCCAGGCCGCUCCCCCGAAAUGAACACCAUCUACCGUUUCUGGUCCCACUUCCUCCGCGACCACUUCAACCCACGCAUGUACGCCGAGUUCCGAACGCUCGCGGUCGCAGACGCCGAGAACAACUACCGCUACGGUCUCGAAUGCCUGUUCCGCUUCUACUCCUACGGCCUCGAGAAGCGGUUCCGCCGCGACCUGUUUGACGAUUUCGUCGCCAUGGUCACGGACGAGUACACCAAGUCCAACGGAACCGUGCUGUACGGUCUCGAGAAGUUCUGGGCGUACUUGAAAUACCGCAAGGACAAGUCCCGCCGCCCCGAGGUCGAUGUCGCCGUGCAGGCCAACCGCGUGCUCGCCGACGCGUUGAAUCGGUUCCGAACCAUCCAGGAUUUCCGCCGCGCUACGGGGAGGAGCGUUAACAAUGCUACCCACCAUCAAGCGACGGUCGCGACCCGCGGUAAACCCCCGCACACCAACGGCGUCUCCCACCACCACCACAAGAACACCGCCCCCUCCGCAGCGAACACCCAGCGUCGACCGAAACAGCACCCACGCAGCAACCAUAACAACGCACCGGACUCCUCCCUCUCGUCUUCAUCGCACGGUUCCCGUCGUCACCCGCAUGGGCACCACCAUCACCAGCAUCACAACCCGCCGCCUGCGAUUGAGGAGGAGAAGGGGUUGUUUGAGAUGGAGAUGGAGUUUCCGCCGUUGGGGAAGUAAGAGACGUCACCCACUUUCGCGUAAGGGAGACCGGCGCAUGGGGCACCGGGGUUAUUUUUAUUUUUGGUGCGGAGCUACAAUGGGCGAGCGGAUGGUGGCGGGAAGGUGUCCCCUAUUCUUUCUUUUUUCACAUUUUCAGUUCAUUCCGCAACACCAUGGGUUGCACGAUACAUAGAAUUUACCCCCUCGCCGGGGUCGUCCCCUUUUUUUAUUGAUG